AAUAGAAUCCUUUAGAUGCCGGAACUUUUGAUAAAUUUCCAUCUUAACUAAUGGACGAAACAUUCAAGAUCAGAACUUGCUGCUUGAUUGCCAAAUUAAUAAUCUAGUAGAUUCUUCACUAUCUGCGAUGGAUUCUGAUUUAAUGAGGCUUAAAUGGGAUGAAGUGGUUGAAGUAAGGCUUCCAUGCAAUGUGUGCUGGAAGGUGCUGAUUAUUAUACAGAACACAGGAUGGUGUACACUGUGAAUGGAUAAUCCAGUGUACCUUGCGUGAUGAAGUCAAAUCACUCACAGUUGGUGAAUGUUGGUGGAGUCUCUUUUUACUCACUCAGUUGGCGGUUCGCCCCUCGAUUUCCUGCGCUAUAUGAUGGGUGAAUAAAUUAGGAAAUCCCCAAGAGUGAGGGCCAAAAGCGCAAUUGACCAGUUAAGAUCAGAAGCCCGACCACCUGGCGAUGAUGGAACAAGUCGAUGGUGCAGACGUAAAAUUGCGGCUCUUCAUCUUUCGUAUACUACUCUUUCCCACUAAACUCUGUCUUUCUCUUUCUAGAUUGGGCUCCCCACCGUUUAUGCUGGGUUGUUGCGCCAAACGAACAGGUAAGCGCGAACAACCGAGAGCUCACUUGGCAGAAGCACCAGACUCUCGUCAAAGUCAAAAGUAAGCCGAUAGAUGUGAAUUAGUUCAGUCGGUGUCUGUCUGUCUGCAAAGGUGCUCAGGUGAGAAGCACCUUUCCAUCCAAUAAGUUUUCUUUUGCACACAUCCGGAAAACGCAGUUACAACACACACAAAAAACAUCAAGUCGGUUAAAGGUGCUUUUCGCGGGAUUUAAAUAGAUUUUUUUUUAUUUAAAUUUAAAAAAAUUCGUUCUCUCGAGAACCAACAAUACGGGUUUUUGGUGGGCGUGAGUGAUUCCUCCUCAGGGAUCACUGGACGAUCUUGUGUGCGCGUUCAGCUACGAAAGAAAAUUCUCAUCUCACCUGCGUGGUGACUUUUUAUCGCAGCAAGAAAGGAGAGAACCGCAAUAAUCUUGGAGAUACUUUGUGUGAGUGCUUAUGCGGACACAACCAGUGUGCAGCAUAGCAGAACCUAGAAUUCCCCGUGGUGGAAGUGCAAAAGUGCGUGGAUAUAUUGACUCUCUGGGUGGACCAUUGUGAAUCUCAAGUGCUACGUCAUCACAAGAAGUGUCCGCGGGGUGGGUGAAAACGCGGGAAAACGUAUCGGGACUUUUCGCUGCCCAUUUCCGAGUGGAAGUCAUCAAUCUCACUCCCCAAUACCCUUCUCGGUUCUUUUCUCUCUCUCGCACUCCUUAAAAGAAUUUACCUGCACCGAGGUAGAGAAAAGUGCGUGGAAUCGUGCACAAAAGAAGUCGUGGCGAUUAAGAACAAAAAAAGGAAGCAGAAAGCGAGAAAAAUACUCACAAGUUGUAGAAUCUCUGCAUUGUGCACGGAGAGUGGAGGCUACCAGUCCACGGGAGGAGUGCGCACUUCUUCACAACAAAAUCCACUGAAUUGUGCUGAUUGCACCUCGUCUAUGUGUGGGAUAGCGUAAACUCCACAAUGUGGAGGAAAUGGAUGACAUACCAGCUGGUCAUAAUUGUAAUGUGGUUUUCCGAGACAAAUUUCGCGGGAAACUUCAAGAUUACGCACAAGCCGUGCUCAGUGCGACAAUUUGAGGGUACAUGCAUGUUCGUGUGGGAGUGCAUAAAGUCACGCGGUCAGCACGUUGGCAUGUGCGUGGAUUCCUUCAUGUUUGGCUCGUGCUGCUCCCACAACCUCACAGCCGACGAUGUGAUCCUAACCCAGAAGAUCACCUACAUACCAAAUAAACCUCCAACUGCCACAAAGAAGCCUCAAGUGUUCUCCAGUAAGCCCGUCACGUCAGCCAGUGGAAUGACAACAAUUCUUCGACCAAAUGGAGGUGGAAUGCUGGUUGUACGUCCCUCAUUUCACAAACCAAAUACAUUUCACACCACCAACACAUUAGCAGUCAAUCAUCAAAAUAUUGCCCAAAAUACAGCAAGCAAUAGCAUAGCACCGGAAGAGGAUAAUGCUGUGCAGGAUUCAUCGGAUCAUCGGCCGGCGUCGCAGCAUUGGCAAUCAUCGACACAGCCGAGUUUCGUGACAAAUCCACGACCAGCAACGACAACAAUUAAAACAUACCUGCCGCAGAAGCAUAAAACGAAGCCCAGCAAAAAGCCCAUCUAUGCCACAACGGCCCCACUCAAGGCUAGCACAACGAAAGCCACACCACAUGCACCAUCCAAGGGGAAACCCACGCCGCAGGCUAGUCGAAAGCCGCCCACCACAACGGCAGCAGCAUCAACAACACCAGCUGAUCGCAAUGCAACAGGUGGUGGUGCUGAGAGUCGUAUCUUCACGAUAUCCGCAGCCAAAGGAGUAGAGUGCGGCAUCUCAUCGAUGGCCACGCGCUCAGAGACACGAAUUGUGGGCGGGAAGAAUGCAGCUUUUGGACGAUGGCCGUGGCAGGUUUCAGUGCGACGGACAUCCUUUUUUGGCUUUUCCAGCACUCAUCGCUGUGGCGGUGCCGUCUUGAAUAAGAAUUGGGUCACCACAGCUGGUCACUGUGUUGAUGAUCUCCUUACGUCGCAAAUUCGAAUACGAGUGGGCGAAUAUGAUUUCUCGCACGUACACGAGCAAUUCUCGUACGUGGAACGGGGUGCAUCGAAGAAGAUUGUCCAUCCAAAGUACAAUUUCUUCACAUACGAAUACGAUUUGGCACUAGUCAGACUUGAGUCGCCGCUGGAUUUUGACAUGCACAUCAGCCCAAUUUGCCUACCGGCCACCGAUGACCUGCUCAUCGGUGAGAAUGCCACAGUUACGGGCUGGGGGAGACUGAGUGAGGGUGGCACACUCCCCACGGUUCUGCAGGAGGUCACAGUGCCAAUUGUCAGCAAUGAUCGGUGCAAGACAAUGUUCCUGCGUGCUGGGCGCCAUGAAUUCAUUCCGGAAAUUUUCCUGUGUGCUGGACACGAUACCGGUGGUCAGGAUUCCUGUCAAGGGGACUCAGGGGGCCCACUACAGGUGAAAGCACGCGAUGGACACUACUUCCUUGCGGGCAUAAUCUCAUGGGGUGUUGGAUGUGCUGAGGCCAAUCUCCCUGGGGUUUGUACGCGAAUCUCCAAAUUUGUUCCGUGGAUUCUUGAAAAUUCCAUCUGAAAAUGCUCUGCCGCGAAACAUCAACAAAGCAUACACCUCAUGCCCAGGAAGAAGAUGGUGAAACGAGAAAAUUUAGAAAACCCUCAUUUCCAACGACUUAUCGAUUGUUAAAAGAAAAUCUUUGCUUACUACGAGAGAACGAGAGCGCGAGAGAGAGAAAAUACAAUUUAUGAAUGAGAGAUGUUAUGAAUGAAAAAAUUGCUUUUGUGAUUUAAAAAAAAA